AUGCAAAUUUACGGUCUAAUUUAUAUUCCGGAUAAUAAUGAACCUCAAUUAUUUGCUUUGCAAAAUGUUUCAGUGGAGGCUAAUAUCAAAAUUUGUCAAACCUACAAAAAUACUACUUCUGAAACUAUUGAAGCUUUAUAUAAAUUCCCAAUAUAUGAGAAUUCUGCCAUUUAUGAAUUUGAAGCGGAAAUUGACGGUGAUAGGAAAAUUAAAGGCAUUGUUCAUGAAGCCAAAGAAGCAGCCGAAAAAUAUAAAGAAGCUGUAGCGGCCUAUUUAUUAGAAGAAGAACUAUCUGAUACCUUUCAAUGUUCAGUGGGUAAUCUCACUCCUCAACAGACCGUAGUAAUCAAAAUAACCUAUAUCUCAGAAUUGAAGCAUGAUUUAGAAAAUGAACGUAUAAGAUUCGUAUUACCUACACGAUUGCUCCGAGAUAUGGUACGUGUACCCGGUAAUGAGUCCCCUGUCUUGAAUGCUACUCUAACAGUCGAAGUUACAUGUAGAAUGAAAUCGAUGAUUACAAGUAUCGAAUCUCCAUCACACUUGAUUACCACUGAAUUGACUAUUGGUGGAGAUAACAAAGUGGCAAAAAUCCAAUUGGCAGAAGACGUUAGCUAUUUGGAAAAAGAUUUUGUCUUGGUGGUCAAAACUGAUAUUAUAAUUGAUCGUUCUGGCUCUAUGAGUGGUGAUCCAAUCAAAAAAGCCAAGGAAGCUUUAGAACUAAUCCUUCGCUCAUUACCCGAAGAUUGUAUAUUUAAUGUAGUAUCAUUUGUUUCAAAAUUUACAUCUUUAUUUCCGGAAAGUAAUCCUUGCACAGAAGAAACUUUCAAAAAGGCAUUAGAUCAUGCAAAUGGACAAGUAUAUAAUGUUUUUCAAAUUGUUAAUUUAAUCUCUGAUUCCUUAUCCAAAAGAAAUGACCCGUUCUUUGCAAAUGCAGCCAGAUUAUGUUCUAUUUCUUCGUGUUCAACUUCCCCAAAAUCAAAAAUAUCUAUAUUUCAAGACGGUACAUCAUUUAAUCGUUUGACCGAUGAGACAUUUCAAUCCAGUAAAGAGUUUUAUAAGUAUUUUGAUGAUAGUGGAGAUAAAAAUAAUAAUAAUUUGAAAAAAAGUAUUCCUAAAGUAGAGGAAAAAAAUAAACUUAUCAAAGAAAAAAUUUGGACGACAUCAAUUGACAUAAAGUAUCUGGAAAUUGAGCUGUUUCCCAAAUUUAAAGAAGAAAAAGAAAAAGUUAAUUGGGCUUUAGAAAAAGCCGAGGAAUGGAUUACAAAAUGGGUUAAUGAAAGUUAA